GCCACCCGGACUCUGUUAGGAACGGAAGCGCAGGGGCCGCCGCUUCCUGGUUGCCGGUGGGCGCCGAGGGCCGGGCUGAGCUGAGGCGAUGUUGCCUUUCACUGUGAACUUCAAGGUGUCGGCGCGCACCCUCACGGGGGCCCUCAAUGCUCACAACAAGGCGGCGGUGGACUGGGGCUGGCAAGGCUUAAUUGCUUAUGGAUGUCACUCACUUGUGGUAGUGAUCGAUUCCAAUACUGCCCAAACUCUUCAAGUUUUAGAAAAACAUAAAGCUGAUGUGGUCAAGGUUAAAUGGGCCAGGGAAAACUAUCACCAUAACAUUGGCUCACCAUAUUCCUUGCGCUUAGCUUCUGCUGAUGUCAAUGGAAAGAUCAUCGUUUGGGAUGUAGCAGCGGGAGUAGCUCAGUGUGAGAUCCAAGAGCAUGCCAAACCUAUUCAGGAUGUUCAAUGGUUAUGGAAUCAAGAUGCUUCCCGAGAUUUACUACUUGCUAUCCACCCACCAAAUUAUAUUGUGCUCUGGAAUGCGGAUACUGGCACCAAACUGUGGAAGAAGAGCUAUGCAGAUAACAUCCUUUCUUUUUCUUUUGACCCUUUUGAUCCCUCCCAUUUAACUUUACUCACCAGCGAGGGUAUUGUAUUCAUCUCAGACUUCUCACCAUCCAAGCCUCCUUCGGGCCCCGGGAAAAAAGUUUACAUAUCCAGCCCACAUUCCAGCCCAGCUCAUAAUAAGCUGGCCGCAGCCACAGGGGCCAAGAAGGCUCUUAAUAAAGUAAAAAUCUUAAUCACGCAGGAGAAACCUAGUGCUGAAUUUAUAACUCUGAAUGAUUGCCUUCAGUUGGCAUAUCUGCCUUCCAAGAGAAAUCACAUGUUGUUACUCUAUCCUCGGGAGAUUUUAAUCCUUGACCUUGAAGUGAAUCAAACAGUGGGUGUGAUUGCAAUAGAACGAACAGGAGUUCCAUUUCUGCAGGUAAUACCCUGCUUUCAGCGUGAUGGGUUAUUUUGCCUACAUGAAAAUGGUUGUAUAACUUUACGUGUUCGAAGAUCUUAUAAUAGUGUUUUUACCACUUCAAAUGAGGAACCAGAUCCAGAUCCUGUCCAGGAGCUUACCUAUGAUUUACGAAGCCAGUGCGAUGCAAUCAGGGUGACAAAAACUGUCCGUCCCUUCAGUAUGGUGUGUUGUCCUGUCAAUGAGAAUGCAGCCGCCCUCAUAGUGAGUGACGGCAGGGUCAUGAUAUGGGAACUCAAGUCCGCUGUUUGUAAUCGGAAUUCACGGAGCAGUAGUUCUGGUGUAUCACCUUUAUAUUCACCCGUGUCUUUCUGUGGAAUUCCUGUAGGAGUGCUACAGAAUAAGCUCCCAGACCUCUCCUUAGAUAAUAUGAUUGGACAAAGUGCCAUUGCUGGGGAGGAGCAUCCCAAAGGCCCCAUUCUGCAGGAGGUGCACCUCCGCUUCCUGCUGACGGGACUGCUUUCAGGGCUGCCCUCCCCGCAGUUUGCCAUCCGUAUGUGCCCGCCACUGACCACCAAAAACAUCAAGGUGUAUCAGCCGCUGCUCGCCGUUGGUACAAGUAACGGUUCUGUCCUGGUGUACCACCUCACCAGUGGGCUGCUGCAUAAGGAGUUAAGUGUCCACUCCUGUGAAGUCAAGGGUAUCGAAUGGACAAGUUUGACUGGUUUUCUUUCCUUUGCUACUUCAACACCGAACAAUAUGGGAUUAGUGAGAAAUGAACUUCAGCUGGUGGAUCUUCCCACAGGUAGGAGCAUUGCUUUUCGCGGUGAACGAGGCAAUGAUGAAUCACCCAUCGAAAUGAUUAAAGUAUCUCAUUUGAAGCAGUAUUUGGCAGUUGUAUUCAAAGAUAAACCCCUGGAGUUAUGGGAUGUGAGGACUUGUACCAUUCUUAGAGAAAUGUCCAAAAACUUCCCUGCAGUAACUGCUUUGGAGUGGUCCCCAUCUCACAACUUGAAGAGCCUGAGAAAGAAACAGUUGGCCACCCGAGAGGCCAUGGCCCGCCAGACUGUGGUGUCAGACACAGAGCUGAGCAUCGUGGAGUCCUCCGUAAUCAGCUUGUUGCAGGAGGCAGAAAGUAAAUCUGAACUCAGUCAGAACAUCUCUGCCCGGGAGCAUUUUGUGUUUACUGAUAAUGACGGCCAAGUCUAUCAUCUCACAGUGGAAGGAAACUCAGUGAAAGAUAGUGCUCGGAUUCCACCAGAUGGAAGUAUGGGUAGUAUUACCUGCAUCGCUUGGAAGGGUGACACAUUAGUUCUUGGAGAUAUGGAUGGAAAUUUAAAUUUUUGGGAUUUGAAAGGCAGAGUAUCCAGAGGAAUACCUACACACCGAAGCUGGGUGAGGAAGAUUCGUUUUGCUCCCGGUAAAGGAAACCAGAAAUUAAUAGCCAUGUACAACGAUGGCGCUGAAGUGUGGGAUACUAAAGAGGUUCAGAUGGUGAGCAGUUUAAGAAGCGGAAGAAAUGUGACCUUUCGGAUAUUGGAUGUGGACUGGUGUACAUCAGAUAAAGUGAUCUUGGCAUCAGAUGACGGGUGUAUCAGAGUCCUGGAGAUGUCCAUGAAGUCCACUUGCUUUAGAAUGGAUGAACAAGAGUUAACCGAGCCUGUGUGGUGCCCCUAUCUCCUUGUUCCAAGGGCCUCCCUUGCCUUGAAAGCUUUCUUACUACACCAGCCGUGGAAUGGACAGUAUUCUUUGGACAUUUCUCAGGUUGAUUAUCCAGAAAAUGAAGAAAUAAAGAAUCUCCUUCAAGAGCAGCUGAAUUCAUUAUCAAAUGACAUCAAGAAGCUCUUGCUUGAUCCAGAAUUCACUCUCCUGCAGAGAUGCCUGCUGGUUUCAAGGCUUUAUGGCGAUGAGUCAGAGCUACACUUCUGGACCGUUGCUGCUCACUACCUGCACAGCUUGUCCCACGAAAAGCCAGUAGGCACCCCAGCCUCUAAAGAAACUGUGCCUCGGGACAAAGUGAAUAACCCGCUGGAUAUAUGUUAUGAUAUUCUCUGUGAAAAUGCCUAUUUUCAGAAAUUUCAGCUGGAAAGGGUGAAUCUACAGGAAGUAAAGCGGUCAACUUAUGAUCAUACAAGGAAAUGCACAGACCAGCUACUUCUCUUGGGUCAAACAGACAGAGCUGUGCAGUUGCUGUUGGAAACAAGUGCGGAUAACCAGCAUUAUUAUUGUGACUCCCUGAAAGCCUGUUUGGUCACAACUGUCACCUCCUCGGGCCCCUCCCAGAGCACCAUUAAGCUGGUGGCCACUAACAUGAUCGCCAAUGGCAAGCUGGCAGAGGGAGUGCAGCUGCUCUGCCUGAUAGACAAGGCCGCGGAUGCCUGCCGCUACCUGCAGACGUACGGCGAGUGGAACCGGGCCGCUUGGCUGGCGAAGGAAUAGGAGGUCCUCUGGGGGAACUGAAACCUCACCUGUCGGCUGAAUCUAAACAUCCGUGUGCAAAACCCGCUCCGUCCAUCACGGGCUUUGGGACAGAUGUGGCUUCCUUCUGCCACCUCAGAGGUGGCUCUGUUUCCAGGUAUGAUGCAGGCAGGGGACAACGUUUGCUCCUUGUCCUGGCAGGGCAGGACCUGGGAUGGCUGGGUCCUUGGAACCCUGGUCUCAGUGAUUCUCCUGUUCAGGCCAGCUCCCACUGCUUGGUCUGCUUGGGAGUCCUGGUGGGAUUCAAGUCACUCAACGAAUCUCCGACAACCUUGUGGGCCCAUGUGUUCUGAACAAAGACUAAAACCAGGCAGGGCUUCUGAUGAGUGGUGGGGACACAGUGUGCAUUUGCAGAGGGAGAGGAAGACCCCAGAGACCAUUCCAUAGACAUUGUCCCUUUCACUGGCAUUUGCCUCCACACCUUCCUCCUUCCCCCUCCUCCCAGUCCCCAGUAACUCGGCAGCUGGCCCUUCUAGGUGAGAAUUGAGCCUUAGGAAGCUUCUGGAGGCCACUAGGACACUGAACAGAGAAGCAGGUCCCUACUGAGGCAGAGUGACUGGAGCUCACUGCCCCGUUCCCAGAGAGGGGCAAAGGCUAGUUUGAUCGUCCAUGAAAACCCAGUUCCCAUCCGAAGACACAGGGCAGGAGCAGCUCACUUCUGCCCUUGGAGAACCAGUGGCCAGAUGGGGGGCCAGGGAAAACCUCCCUUUGUGAGCUUGGGUCUGGUCCAAGCAUUUGCUGCUUUGUCCCUUUGAUCAUGACACUGACCUCUCAGUCUUUUGGCCUUGAACUGUCAAUGGUUGUGACAACUUGAUCCUUACACCACGGAUGCAGUGGAGGGAAGUGGAAGGGCCGUGUUUGCGAGGUGAGCAGCCGGUGGCUUUUUACAGAGUAGUAGCCAUGCUUGGAGAGUCUCGGGGCUGCGUGGGCGGCCCAGCCCCUGAGCUCUGGACCCUCGGACCGGGAUUGAACCCAGUGGAUCCCGGCAGAGAGAGAGCCUAUGGCUGAGACACACACACAGCCCGCAGAGGGGACUGCUGGCUCUCCUGUAGGGGCUGAAUGGUGAAUGGCUGAAUUCUGGGAGAUGCAUGUCCGUCCCCCUGGAAUCUCAGAACCUGUCCUUAUGUGGAAAUAGGGUGUUCGUAGACCUUGAUGAUUAGAUGAUCAAGCCACGUCUGGUGUCCCUAAGAGGAGAGGACACAGAGACACACAGAGAAGGUGGCCCUGGGAAGAGAUUAGAUGGAUGCAACAGACAGCCUCUGAACACCAAGGAGGGCUGGAAGCCUCCGGAAGCCAGGCAGCCAGCCUCCAGAGCUGAGAGAAUACAUUUCUGCUGCUUUUGGCCCCCAGGUGUGAGGUGAUCUGUUACAGUGGUCCUAGGCCCCGAACAUGCUGCCACUGACCAAAACCGAGGACCCAGAAUUCCUCAGGUCCUCCCCGUGGCAGGGCCUGUACCCCUCCUCCCAGAAUAGUAGAAGUUCCAGCUCCACUCCCCUGGCAGAGAGGGCCUUUGGCUUGCAUUUGUUUUUCUCGGGCCUGCUUUCCAGAAAGAAAAGAAAGGCUCCCAGUUGUACCUCUGGACCCAGAAAGUUCAUUUUUAAGCAACUUUACUGAGCCAAGCUCUCUGCCUUCUGUGUUCUGCCCCUGGUCUCAGCAGCUCUCACCACACGUUGCUGGCUCGUCUUUCCGCUGCCUGCUGCUGAUCGGAGGGAACUACAGUUCCAACAUUUCCUAAGCCCACAGCCCAGGAAAGUCCUGUGUGGCCGUCAAAACCAUCCAGACCCAUGACUGUGGCUUGGGGAAGAUUCCAGAGGUGGGACUCUGGUGGUUUUACUUUUCCAGGCUUCUAAAGCCAAGAGGUUUUUUUUUCUCCCAAAAUAUCACAAUCUGUGUUCCUUGGAACCAUAAUGUCCUGCAAAAUAUUAAUAAACAUUUUUAAAGCAUCAUAAUCAAGUAAGUUUGGGAAAUGCCAAAAUAAAUACAGUUAAAUAAGUUCUUUUUUAUUGUAGACCUUCAAGGCCUUUAAUAUGCCAGAUACAUGUUGUACCCCUCUAAGCCAAGGAUUAUGGAAUUUAAGAUUCCUAAAGCUAUUUGAUCACAGUCCUUACCGUGUUCUGCCCGCUCCUGCCUGAGCGCGCUCUUCUGCACUUCGGCAGUGCGGACCUCCCUGCCUUCCUGCCUUCCUGCCUUCCUGCCAAGGCUUUCUCUUCCAAGUGCAAAAAACCCAAACCAAAACAAAA